AAGCGUCCGCCGUGACUAGUCCUCACUCACUGGACUGCUUGAACAGCAUCCACGAACAAUUAACGCUACCGGCGCAAGUGUGUGUUGAAUAAAAAAAAACUCUUUUCUAAAUAUUAAAGUAAUUUAUAUUAUGUGUAUGCGCGAACCUCGUUAUUAUAUAUGAAAUAGAUCGAUAAGGGACGUUCUGUGUAAAUAGAAUUGUGCGUAGCUACUUAUUAUGUGUAAUCGUGAACCGUCCGUGAUUAUCGCAAAUGAAAGGGUGAAAGCAAACACGAGAAUUCAAACAAUAGCCUCGGGCUGUGUGACCAUUUGAUUUUAUAAAACACUGAUAAGGGAUGGACUAAUGAACACUAUUCAUUACAAACUGAAAUCUAAGACAAAUCAUAAGACGUAAAAAAAUAAAUAUUGUAACAAGUUUGAAGCAAAACUUAACCGCACAUUUCAUAUUUAUCUAACUCGAGCGUACCCAUGGCGGCGCAUUGAAUCAUCAGGGAAAACGUAACUAAAACAAACAGUAAUCCAGUAUCCUGACGAUUCAUAUAUUCAUUUGUAAUAGAAUACUUGUGAGUUAAUGACGUGCGAUUGACGUGUUGCAAUCUCGAGAAAAAUGGUUUUAUUAAACAAUAACGUUACGAAUGGUGGAAAUUUGAGUGAUCUGGUGAUGGGGUUGGAAGAUUAUGAGUCUGACGAGGAGUUAGCUAACGUGGAACUGUUCAAGAACUAUCCCGAAGCGUUACUGUGGUUCGCUUUUGUCAGCUGCGUGCUAUUCAUGAUUCUUGGUAUCCCUGGAAACCUUUUAACCAUCGUAGCGCUGAUGAGGUAUAAGAAGGUUCACAAUGCGACUGCAGUUUUCAUCAUCAACUUGUCACUCUCGGACCUAUUGUUCAGCUGCUUUAUCCUGCCCUUAGCUACGUCAACGUUCAUGUGGAGAUCUUGGAUCCAUGGAAAGACUCUAUGUCGGAUGGUGCCAAUGGCGAAAUACACACUAGUGGCUGUUUCCCUGUUUACUGUUCUAUCUAUCACAAUAAAUAGGUUAUACAAGAAGACUUACAUUUGUCUGAUAAUAAUAGUCAUUUGGUUGCUGCCGAUACUAUUACUAAUGCCAACAUACUUUGAAGUUUGGGGAAGAUUUAGCUUAGACCAAAUCACAGGCUCCUGCACAAUAGUUUUCGAUGAGAACUGUAAUUCACCGAAAAAGUUUCUAUUUGUGACCGCAUUUGCACUACCAAGUAUAGCAAUCAUCGUGUGCUACGCAAGAAUAUGGUGGAUUGUAAGGAAAACUGCCAACAAAUCUCGUAAUGUAAUUUAUAGGAGGCCAAUUUCUGACUUAGAAAUCAGUACGAUAAAAACAAAUCAAAACACUAAGUCGACCCUUAAACUGAAUCGAAGUCUGUCAACUCAGAUAACGUCAAGUAACAAUCUUCUGCCUUUUAACUGUUUCCUCAACCCUGGCGGCGAGCUAUCUUCAUCAAUGGAAAAUUCUACGCCAGCAGAACUGGAGAACACUCCAAAACCUAAGGUUCGGUCUUUAGGUACUGAGUCUAUAAGCAACUUCCGAAAGAGUUUCAUGUGCACCUUCCGACGCUCAGCGCCAAAAGUCCACCUGCCCACGAAAAAGGACAAGAAACUUCUCACUAUGAUUGUAGCCAUCAUGGUGUCGUUCUUCGUAUGUCACCUGCCCAUAACGUUGACGAAAACUAUCUUUGAAAACUUCACCUCCCACCCAGUACCUAACAUUGUUGGUUAUGUAUUGAUUUAUAUGACUACUUGCGUCAACCCUAUUAUUUACGUAGUGAUGUCCAUCGAAUAUAGACAGGCGUAUAGAAACCUGCUGAAUUGUAGGUGAAUCUUUAUAAGAAGUAUCAUAUAGAAAAUUCCUAAACUUUACUUACGCAUUCGUCCAGCUCAACUAAAGCGUUACUUCGCUUGAGCAGAACGAUAACAGAUUUCUUAAGAAUUGGGCGUUGUAAAAAUAUGGAUGUCCCAUUAUUUGAAUAUAAUAUUUUUAAUGAAUAUCCAUAGUGGAGAAGUUAAAACUACCGAUGAUUUCUUAACGUACGGGGAUGCGUCAAAGCAAAUAGGCCCAUUGUCGUAGAAUGCUAUCAAGAUAAAUGACGUAGCUUUUUUAUACACAACUAAGUACUGAUGGAAAUUAAUUGUUAUUAUAGUAUAGAGUAUAGCAUGAUAAAAAGUAUGUGAGUUGCAAACUACCAGUUGGUUCGAACGAUGAGGAAAAUUUACAAGCAUCGUUAAUUGCUGUUAAAUUAUUAAUUUACUUACAAUUAAUGGUUUAAAUCACUAUGUGGAAUGAACGUGCUGAUUUGGUUUCUUAUUGAAACGUUCAUUGGAAAAAGUUUUCAAUAAAAAAACCUAGGGACGGUUUUACAAUGUUUUCUCCAUAGAUUUAAUUUGAACUAACUGAUAAAGCGAAGACAAAAACAAUUUAAGUAAUUCCCAAUAUAGCUUCUGUGCUCUAUAUUUCUAAGGCCAUUUUGAAUUAUUAAAUUGAUUAUGGAAUCAAGAUUUUAGAAUUUGGUAAUAAUGAAAAACUUAAAGCCUUAAUCUAAAUUGUAUUGUUCAUAUAAUGUAAAUAAUUAAAACCAACCUAAAGUAUAAAUUUAAUUAGCAUAGAUUUUCUUGUAUUAGUGGACGUCGUUAAAAUAUUGUACAUUGUUUAUGUACGAUAUCAACGUGUGAUAUUAUUGUUUCUGUGGUGUCAAACACAUCAGAGUUUUGAUUGAACAAAAGUAACGAAACAGAAAAAAUAAAUAAAGGUGCUGCUAUGAAAAUUGAUUGAAAGGACUAGAAGUAUUUCAAUAACUCCUGUAAUUGUUAUAACUUAGUUGUAUGUAGUAAAUAAAAUUGGAUAUCACUUUAUUGUUAGCAAGUGUAUAAUGUGCAUUCAAACAUUUGCGAUUUGUACAGACCAUUUUUUUCUGUAUCGAUUGUCACCAAAAUGUCUUACAUUAAAAAAGUCCUUUUCUUUGUUCACAUAUAAAUAGUAUUUUAUAAUCAACAUAUUUCACUACUUCAAUAUAUGUACA